GGAGUUGACAUAUAUACAGAUAUAUAUGCAAAUCUGUAGCAAUUUUUAGGCAGACUUGGCUGGAAACCAUCACUGAUAAUAAUGGACAGUAUAUUUGUGUGCUUCCUUUGUGAAGCUGAGUACAAGGAUGUGGAUCUUCUCAACGAGCAUAUGAAAGAGCACGAAAAUAUGCCAGAAAUGAGCUCAGGAAUCUUGAAGAAAAGGCGCGGUCGUCCUCCCAAAGUCGUUGACGAAUUUGACUCGAGUAUGAAAACUUCUUUACCUCAACCAGUGCUGAAGAAGCCUAAGACUGAAAAUCAUGAACCAUCCUCAGGGGCUAUAAGUAGAGGAAUGAAAACGUUUAUGAGAUCUCCAAAACCUCAAAACUCUGUCUCAUCUUCCCACAGCCUGCCUAAUAUUGUGAAUGGUAGUAAAGCCUCAACAUCUUCUAAUUCCAUAUCAGGCAGUACUCCCUUAGUAUCUAGAACAACUUCCAAAUGGGGUCAAGUUGUGAAAGAAGAAGUCUCCCCUCCUUCCAAUGUCAAUGCUCAGGCUCUCAGAAUGCAGAAAAUGAUUCUUGCCCGUGAAAAGCGCAUGAAAGAACUGAGUUCAAAAGCUCCUACUCAGAUGCUGGGAGGGAAUGAUGGCAGCAGCAGUCCAGAUCGUGAACUUGAGGAAGUGCAGCAGCUACUUGAUGGCUCCCCCAUGUUUACUUCCGACUCAAUGAGCAGUCAGAGUGGUCCUGUUGUGCUCACGGCUGAGCCUGAGAACUUCUCAGUACCUUCCUUGAGUGUCCCUAAAAAACAUAAGCUGAACAUGAACAAGUGGAAAAAAAGCUCAGAUUAUUUUGAAAAUGAAGUAGAUUCAAUGCUGGACUCAAGCAUGAGCAUUGGCAGCAGCUCGAGCAUGACUUCUUACUCCACUACCACCAAUGCCUCGUCUGGGAAGAAAGAGAAACUCAGAGUUCGGCUGGUGGUGGCUGAGGUUGAGUAUGAAAUGCUAGCAUCAGACGAUGAAGACGACGGCCCUGUACUAGUGUACGGCAAGCGAGCCACGCCUCUCCCCGAUAACGUGCUCGAUGUGCUCGGUGUUAAGAAAGACGGCGUGGCCCAGACACGCAUCAAAGUGCAGCGCGGCGACUACGAGAUUCUCUACAGCAAAUCCUCCAAGCCAGGCCGCCGUUCUGCUCCUCGAGGACAAGAGCCUGAGAGCGUCUACGAGUGUGAUGAAUGUGGCAAGUCAUUCAGGUCCAACUCAACACUGAAGGUUCACCUCAAGUCUCAUACUGAAGUGAAGGCUCUGCCGUGCCCGCACUGUGAACAGGUGUUCCCUCAGCGUCACAUCCUGCAGCAGCACCUCAUAGACGAGCAUCCCUCCUACAACCUCAUCUGUCACUACUGCAAGAAAGUGUUCACACGGGAAGACACGCUGCGCUCUCACUUGGUGCGCAUGCAUGAGACCGACGGAGGCCUCAACUGCAACGUCUGUGGCAAGAACUUCCCAAGCCAGGGCCAGCUGGAAGCCCACGUUAGAGUGCACACUGGCGAACGUCCUUUUAGAUGUCAGCUGUGCAGCCGAGCGUUCGUGCAGAAGGUUCACCUCAAGACGCACCUGCGGACGAUGCACCAAACGCUGGACGCGCCCACCACGCCCUGCCGCCUCUGUGACGCUAUGGUCGAGGACCGCAUCGCUCUCAGGGACCACGUCACUGCUGCCCACGGUCUCUCUCAUGCUGGCUACAAGACUCAAGUCGCAGAGCUUCGAAAGAUGGGCAAAAUUCCCGAGGUGGUACCUCCUAAAGUGAAGGUCGUCGAUCCUUCGUUCCGGUACAAAAAGGUGAGCGUCGAGGACCUCGAGGCCAUGGAGAAGAAGGGUGCAGGCAGCUCUCGAAGUCGGGCGGUCGCAGCGCGUCGUUCUUACAUGGACGAUGACGAAGAAGAUGAAGACGAGGAAGACGAAGAAGAAGAGGACGAUGAGGACGCUGAAUUUGAGGCGUAUGAGAAACGCAUCGCCGUUGGGCGGCCUCGGGACAAGGAGGAACUCAGCUUCGUUGAGUCGGCUUUUAAGGUGGCCGAGGAGAUGGAUCAGCAGGUUGGUGUCACUCGCAUCCAGAAAAUAACGCCAGUGCAGUACUUCAGUAGCAGCAGCAGCACAAACAGCAACAGCAACAGUUGUGAUAUACCUGCCACCAGCGCCGCCGCUUGCUCCAUGUCUGAUGCAAGUUUGACCUUCGUCAGCACCGCGCAAAGUGUCAGCAAUAAUGGCUCCGCUGACAUUCAGCCGGACGAAGGCGUUGUCAUGUUCUCCAUGUGAGCCAGGUCUGCCCCAUAAUCACGAGCCUCCUUUUGAACCUGAAUCUCGCGGCUGAACGUUGCGUGCAUUCAUUUACGUUAAAUAUGUACACCGAGUAUCGCGUGGUUAUUGUGGAUGUCUUUGUGCUCUCUUUAAAAUUCGUGCCUAUUAAAAGUUGUGCACAAAGUUCCAGAUGACGUUCUGAAAUUUAAAUAAUUAUGGAGCUGGUAAAUCUUGAUAUAGUACUAGAACUAAUCUAGAUGAUAGCUUACUUGUAAUGUAAAUAAUACUUGAUCUUAGUAGAGAUAACUAAUUUAUUUUCACUUCAUGCCUCGAAUUGAAAUUAGAGACUCCAAAGUGCGACAUGAUUUUGCUCGAUGGCGGAUGAUCUGAGAAUUGUAUUGUUCAUAUCAGGUUAAAUUUAAAUGAAGCUCCUUAAAGGUAAAAUAUCAAAACGAAUUAUAAGUUUCAACUUUAAUAACUCAGCAGGUGCUCAUGAUAAAAAGGCUGUACUGCGACUACUGCCUCAGCAAUGUGAGUUUUUCUUGGGCCAAGCUGUAGCUUUGACGUAUAUAGCUGGAAUUUCCUUGAAAUAUUUAGUUGACGAUUUCUUAAUAUUCGUUUCGCGUUAUUUUACAAUUGAAUUUUUGUUGAGCGAAUAUUCUCGUCCGUGGUCCCUAUCAAUAGCUGCGAGUUUUUCACUUCAAUUGGAUGAUGUCACACUCAACUCGAAAUGAAUGCUCGCUGUGUAGUGGUUCAGCUUCACGAUCUGGUGAUAACUCGAGUUUAAUUGGUUGAAAGAUAUGCGGUAUUUAAAGCCAGAUAAUUGCAAGAGCUUAGCCAGAGUUACCACAUUUAGAAAUUACGUGUGGGAUGCAUAAAGCUUUUAGUGUUAUUAUUUUUUUAUUGUUGUAGUGUUUUAGGUCAGAUUAUCACGUUUGUGUCAGCAUCAGUAUAAACAAUUAAAUUUUCUAUUUAUGAUGACAAGAUAAUGGCCGAUGACGUGGCUUCUGACAACUGCUAUGUAUAUAUGCUUUUAUCUAUAUCAUAAUGUCGUUUAAGUUUUAAGAGCACACAUCACCUACAAUUCCAUCUUUCAAUUAUCGUCUGUGCAUUGCAGUACAAUGCCGGCAUCUGUCGAGUACAUUAUUAUUUAUUCUAUGUUUUUGUAAUCUUCUGAAAACUAGUUCCAGUCGGACGGUUACAAAUGAAAAAAGAGACAAGGAAAUGCGUAUAGUUGAGAAAUGGUUUGAAAAAUUGUUAUCUAAUGGAUUUUGGUUUGUGGUAUAUUCGAUCUGAAGAUUACAUGUGUAUUUGUAUAAUUUCUGGUAGUUGGAUGAACAGAACAGGAAUAUCAUUUAAAUUAUUCCUGGCGGGCCUGUAAAAUGAUUAUGUAAGGUUGCAAUUCACCAUCUAUUCAUAAGAUGUUAUAAUUUUCAAGUUCCAAUUUGCCCCGUUUACUAUUGGUUUGGUCACGUAAACAUUAUGUUGGCUACAAGGGCUUUAAUGUUCAUUGAGCUGCUGCCUUUAUUAACAAUUCUCUGCGUCGCUCGCUGUUUUUAUCGCUAUUUAUAAUUUUGUUUCAACCUUUCACAUAUGAACAAAAGUGACUCUAGAUUUACCAUGUAUUUUAGGACUAUUUUAAUAACUCUACUGCUAUAGUCUUACUAGAUUAUUUCGUUUCUGAAUAUUCUUAGGUUAGUAGUGUAUCUCAAAAUAUAUGUCCCUCUAUGUUGCAGCGUCAAAAACACGUAGAUGUUAAUGCACAGAAGCAGGUCCAAGUUCAUUUUUAUAAUUAAUGUUUGAGACUGCA